AUGGAUUUAUGUAAGAAACGUACUAAGUUGAAUAGUAUAAAUAAUUUGGAAAGGUCUAAUAUAAAAUUUAAUGAUAGUAAGAAAAAAGAUGGUAAUAUAAAGGUUAAUAAAAACGAUAAUAUUAGUAAAAACGAUAAUAUUAGUAAAAACGAUAAUAUUAGUAAAAAUGAUAAUAUUAGUAAAAAUGAUAAUAUUAGUAAAAAUGAUAAUAUUAGUAAAAAUGAUAAUAUUAGUAAAAAUGAUAAUAAAAAUAUAAAUCAUAAUAUAUUUACUAAUGAAGGGAAUAUGUUGUCAAGAACCUACUUAAAGCAGGGACACAUACCAUAUAAAAAGGAGAGUAGUAAAAAUUACAUAAAUAAAGAAAAAGACAAAAAUAUUAACUUAGAAAAUGAAUAUGUAAUAGCAGAUGAAGAAAAUAAUAAUAAGUUUUUAAAAGAUAUAACGAAUGCAAAAUUUUCCGAUGAUGAAAAACAAACGAAGGAUGAUGCAAAUGAAAAAUACAAUAGAGGAGAUUAUGAAGGAGCACUAAAAAUAUGGGAAAGGGGGCUAAGGACUAUAAAUUAUGUUUUAUCAAAAAAAGAAGAACUAAGUAAGGAACGAUUAGAGGCAUUCAAUACCUUACACUCCACAUACUGUAGCAAUAUUGCUCAAGGUUAUAUGAAGCUAAAUAAGUAUUCAGAAUGUGUUAAAUAUUCAUUAUUAGCUCAAGAAAAUGAUAAAAAAAAUAUUAAAAUUUAUUUUAGACUAGCUAAAGGAUAUUUUAUGUUAGGAGAAUACAAUAAAUCAAUAGAAGUGUUAAAUGAAGGAAUUAAAAUUAAUAAAGACACUUCUUUAAUUAAUUUAUUAAUGUUAGUAAAAAGAAAAAGACAAACUCAUUUAGAAAAAGAAAAACAUAUGAUGAAAUAUAUUUUUCAAAAUCUUAAGGAAAAGCCAUUCAUUAAUGAUGAGAAUCAUAUCAGUUCUUUCUUUAAAGCUAUUUAUUCGUUAUUAUCUCCGCUGCUGAUGCUUAUUUAUGCGUUCUUUAUAAAGUCGUCCAACCUGUUGGUUAGUAUUAUGAGCAAAUGUAAAGUGAAGAGGAAGUCAAAAUAA